AUGGUAGCCUUAUGUCAACGUAUUUUUCCUUUGCCCGCAGAAGAUGGAGUUCAAGACAUCGUCUUUGACUAUCAUUCUAUGCCAGCAUUGUCAGAACUGGACGACUUUGAUAUUUGUUUGAAAAAACCAGAUGCCGUCUAUUGUAUAGUAGACUUCGAACUUCUGGAAGAUGAAACUCCUUUGUACCAAUUCAUAAAGAACUUCUCAUCGUUACCAUAUAAAAACUACAAGCAUAGUAAGUUACAUCGGGGUGUAUGCGGAUCCCAAAAAUGCGGUCUAAAUCUGACACACGUGAACGCUUCAGACAUCACUGUAGCUGCUCUGAGAGAGUGCUUUAAUGCUACGAUACAUCAAGGAUACGGAUUGCAGGUUGAUUCCUUAUCAGUGCGUUACUGCAAGACUCAAGACGAUCGCUUACCAAUUGAUGCUUUAGAUUACGUUAUAGGAGCCAUCUUAUUGAUUGUGCUGUUUGUCAAUUUGGGAUGCUCGGCCUAUCACUUCUUUUGGCCAGCGGAAAAAGGACAAGGUAACAAAUUCAUGUUAGCAUUUUGCGUUCAAAAGAACUGGAAAGCUCUCAAAUAUGGAGGCAGUGCCGACGGUGGGAUCUUCAAGUGCUUCCAGGCAUUGAGAUUCUAUACAAUGGUCAUGAUCCUUGGGCUACAUUCAAUGAUCUUUAUUGGUUACGGAUACACCGCCAAUCCUGAAUUCAUUGAAAAGUCAUACGAUGACUUCUUCAAGUCACUUCUCUUCAAUGCGCGGGUGAUUGUCCAAAUAUUCUUCGUGAUGGGCGGUUUCCUUAUGGCUUAUAAGAUGCUGAUGUAUGCGGAGACACAUCCGUUCUCAUUCAGGACAAUACCGAUGGCGAUUGUUAAUAGAUGGCUCAGAUUGAUGCCGGCUGUUCUCGUUGUCAUGGGCCUAGCGAUGACGUGGGUACCACAUCUGGGCUCUGGGCCUAUGUGGGACGCAGUGGUCAAGCGGGAGAGAGACAUGUGUAGGAGUAAUUGGUGGCAGCUUGUGAUAUUAAUGCCCAAUCUAUUUCCGUUCGAGCAUCUUUGCCUACCUCAAGCUUGGUACCUCGGCACGGACACUCAGCUCUUCCUAAUAACGUUGGUUGUACUUCUGGUUAUAUGGCGAUGGCCAAAAUCUGGAAUCCCCGUUCUAUCUGGAGUGAUGGCGAUAAGUCUCUUGAUUCCAUUCUUGCAAAGCUACCUCAUGGAUCUCAUGCCUAUUAGAGUCAGCAUAUUCCCCGAAUCAAUAAGAGAUAUUUUCGGUUACAAUGACACGUUUUACCACGCAUACGUGUCAGCACAAGGCAACUGGGCCGGAUAUCACCUGGGGGUACUAACCGCUUACUUUUAUCACAGAGCACAAGCUGAGAAAUGGAACUUCAGGGAUUCUAUUCUGCUCAAGCUACUGUUUGUCACCUCGAUACCCAUAGCCCUAGGAACAGUUCUGAUGGGUUGGGAUCUGCACCACCGGCGUGCGUCCGCAUUCGAGUCGGCUAUCUUCAACGCCCUAAAUCAAAACUUCUUCGCUCUUGCAAUCUGCGUGUUUAUCAUUGGAUGCUUUUAUAGAUGUAACAAAAUAUACGUUGGUGCCGUGGAAUGGGGCCCAUUGCAGCCGCUCGGACGAUUAUCGUAUUGUGCAAUGCUGUUGCACGCAACGGUACUAAGGACGUACGGUGGUCAGAUGAGGCGAUCGUUCUAUGCAACUGACUACACUGCUAUUAUGCUCUUCGCUGGAAUUGUUUGCACGACUUUCCUCUGUUCACUUCCACUUCACCUAUUUGUCGAGGCACCAGCCUGUCAACUGCAGAAGAUUCUGUUAAGCCCUAGAAGGCCGCAGAAGGAACCUGAGAACACAAACGUCAGUCGUGUCAAGCCUGGCAUUUCGAAUAUUUCUGUCUCUACCGUCUCUACACAUAUUUAA